ACGACCGGGCUCAAAUUAUACCCUUCAACGUCUCCCUAUGGUUGCCCUAGAAGAGAGGCAAAGCAAUGCAAUCCAUGAUUUUCUGAGCCAAGAAAAAGGGCCUCUGGAUCUUUAAAAUAUUUUCCUGUGCUCCUCCAGUGAAAAAUUCAUCCAGCAAGAGGGCCCAAGGAAGGUCUCUUCUUGUCUCUCACAUGAUCAAGAAAGACUUCCAAGUCAGCAGGAGCUGGCCCUCUUCUCUCCAAGGAUCCCGGGGCUGAUGUGGUUCUGCUAACAUUCUCCCUACUUCUUUCAGCUUAGGACCAACCGUGGGUGGUGGUCGCAGCAGGAACACUGUUCCAGCCCCAUCCCAAUCCCCACGAGAGCCCCGGGAUGCCACGGGAGGUUUGGCAGCACCAAUGGCUUUCAUGUCCCGGUUCUCCCGGAACAGAUCCAGGACUCCCAGCUGGAGAACGCAUGAUGCCACUAGCAGCCACCCCAUCCUCAGCGUCUUUGAGCUGGAGAGGUUACUGUACACGGGGAAGACAGCCUGCAAUCAUGCUGAUGAAGUUUGGCCAGGACUUUACCUGGGAGAUCAAGAUAUAGCGGCCAAUCGCCGCGAGCUGGCUCACCUGGGCAUCACCCACAUCCUCAAUGCUUCCCACAGCAAGUGGCGGGGCGGGGCCGAGUACUAUGACGGCACCGGCAUCUGUUACCUGGGCAUUGAGGCACAUGACUCACCCACCUUCGACAUGAGCCCCUACUUUGAGCCCGCAGCUGACUUUAUCCACAAGGCGCUGAUCAGGAGUAGAGGAAGGAUCCUUGUUCACUGUGCUGUGGGAGUAAGCAGAUCAGCUACCCUGGUCCUCGCCUACCUCAUGAUUUACCACCACUUGACCUUGGUGGAGGCCAUAAAGACCGUGAAAGACCAUCGAGGCAUCAUCCCCAACCGGGGUUUCCUGCGACAGCUGUCCGCCCUGGACAGCACCCUCAGGCUAAAGCAAAGACCAUGAGUCAUCGGGAGACCAUGGUGGCAGGCCUGAGGAACUUCUUCCUGGGUUAGAUGUCAGGUGUUGUUCUUCCUGAACUUCCUGCCCUGCAGAACCUCCCCUGGCCCACAGUCUUAGCUCAAGUGCCACCCAAAGGUGAACAAGCUCAGGUUUCCAAGGGGAAGGGAUCUUUCUCCCACCCUCCUUUCUGGCUUUGGGAAGCCAUAGAAUGGGGUUCUUCUAGACUACAUGUUCACUGUCCAGCUGAGAGAGGUUGAAACUGCCUAAAUUCCCUUGAAGUAAUGUGUGAUGUGACCUAUUGCCUCCUCUUUGCUUGUAGCAUUUGUUCAAGAGCAAUGUAUUUUAGCUGUGAGAAUAAAGUCCUGCAGAGAUUA